AUGGUAGGAGAUUUUAACGCAGUGACGGGAUUGGAGGACGUGAGCAACAAAGAAAAUUUCCAGAACCACAGAUGUACAGAUAUGCGAAAUUGGAUUUUUAAAGAAGGUCUUAUUGAUCUUGGUUUCUUUGGUGCCAGGUACCCUUGGACGCGAGGAAAUGACAGUACCACCUUGACUAGAGCAAGGCUCGAUCGUGCCCUUUGCAACAUGGAGUGGUUGGAGAAGCACCUAGGAACCAAGGUGACCAAUCUCACUCACUUCUGCUCGGACCAUUCGCCGUUCCUGAUCGAUCUUAGCAUCACUGCAAAGGAAAGGAAGAGACAGUCUUUCUACUUCCAAGAAGCUUGGACUCGGCAUCCGGACUUCUCUAAGGUCGUUGAACAAGGUUGGGAGAUUAACAAAACAAUCCUGGACAACAUUUUGGCCAUGUAG